UACGAGGCCAGCGAGGGCGUGUGAGAGAGAGUGUCGCCCGCACGGUCACCGUCGCACGCCUUACACCCGCGGCCGCUGGUGUUGCUGCUGCUGCUGCUGUCGCCGUCGCCGUCGCCGCCGCCGCCGUCACCACGGCCCCCCGCCCGCCGCCCGCUGCCAUGACUGCCCUCGAGCUGGAGGUGGACCAGGAGGAAGAAAUUAACGUGGACGGGGACAGUCGUCCAGGCUCGCCCGCUCCCCCGGUCCUGCCCCGCCCAGCCGGGACCCGCGGCCCGCCCAAGCCGCCCACCGCUGCCCGCCUCUCCUUCAGUAUCUCGGCGCUGUUGGGCGACAAGGACCUCGGCAGCGACGAGGAAGACCGCCGCGUUGAAAGCGACGACGAUGAGGACCACGAAGACGACGAUGAGAGCUACGAGGAGGCGGCGGACGACUACCACAUGGGUUACGGUGCCUUGGGAGGCUUACCGCCGCCCUACGGUCCCCUGGCGGGCGGCGCGCCCACAGUGCUGCGUGUGCCGGCACACCGGCCCGUGGGCAUGGGCUACCCUGGACUGGCGGGCCUGGGGGCGGCACACCCGUGGCUGCCCGGACUGCCUGUGUCACCCUUCGACAGACCCACCGCCCUGGCGCCCCACUACCCAACCCUCGACAGGCUGGCAGGACCGUUCCCGCUAACCCGCCGCGUCGGACACCCCUACCAGUCGCGGACACCACCUAAACGCAAGAAGCCCCGCACCUCCUUCACACGAGUACAGGUGAAUGAGCUGGAGAAGAGGUUCAACAAGCAGAAGUACCUGGCGUCCAGCGAGAGAGCCCAGCUGGCCAAGCAACUCAACAUGACAGACGCGCAGGUCAAGACGUGGUUUCAGAAUCGUAGGACAAAGUGGAGAAGGCAGGCGGCGGAGGAGCGUGAGGCGGAGCGACAGGCCACCAACAGGCUCAUGAUGUCCCUGCAGGCAGAGGCACUAUCCAAGGGCCUCCUCACUGACCCGCCCACCACGCCCCUCUACAACUCCAACGCCUCCCUCUGCGCCCUCGAGAACAUCAAGCCGUGGGCGGAGAGGAACAAACCCACGCCCACGCCCACGGGAACUGACCAGGACUCCUACGGCAGCACCCCCGUCGUCUCGCCCACGUGUUCCUGAAGCUUCCCGCCGCCCCGCUAAGGGCUUCACUCACCAAGGUCUCCCGCGCUCGGAUGCUUUGUUUCAGUGCCCCCCUAAGGUCUGAAGUCACCACCUCCGUUUUCUUUUUCGAUUUUACUUUAUUUAUUUUUUUCUACAUAAUGUUCAGUUUGGUACAGUCUGUCCUUGAGAAUGUUUCGUUUUCUUUUCGCAUUUAUUGAUUUCUUAUUAAGGACUUUUCAUUUAUUUAAUUUUUACUUAUUUGUCUCUAUCUUAUCUGUCUUUAUUAUCUAUUGCUUUUAUUCAUCUAAGUGGAGGAAACUUCAGACCUAAAACAAUAAAAAAAAAGGGAAGAUUAAUUUUUGAACGACAGCUGAAACUUGUGACGAAGCAAAGAGUGUUGCCGAUCUUAAAUCAAUGGAGCUUCGAACUGACGAGACUUUGCAUGUGAGGCUCCAAAGCACAUUCAGAACACAACCCCCAAUUAAACGAGGCCAAAAAACAGAGAUUCCUCCCUCCCCUCCGACUUGGUUCAAUAUAAGUAGGGGUCUGGGACACUGCCUCCCUGUUUACCUGUGUGUAGGAAGGUGAGGGGGGGGAGGGGCACCACUACCUAUCCAAGUACCUGUGUUGGACAUGGGGACACGUACGUAGAUCCUAUACAGUAAACGGUAAACACAGAAUGAAUAUCUUCCUCUCAGUGAACCUCAUUUUAAUGCCAAAUUUGCUCACCCAACGCACCAUAACAGACAGAACAAGUAACAGUUAGCAUCAAUAGAACUCAAAACUGCAACACUUCUAAACCCUUCAGUACCGAGACGCAUUUUUGGAGUAUGAUUUAACGCAUUUCUACCUUGAUUUUUGGGUGUGAUUAGAAGAUUUUAUUUGCAUUAGGAAGGGUCUAUGGAGGUCAAAAGAUUAAUGGCCAGAGUCUUUACCAUUCUAAUCCCAUCAUAUGUUUCUGAAGCUGUAUAAAAUCACCAAAUAGUAACAGAGUGAAUAUGAAAACGCGUCCUGGCACUGAAGAGAUUAAGAAUAUAUCUCAAGUAUAAACAUUUAUAAUCCAUAUUGACAGGUGAGCAUAACAAAAUACCCGUGGAGUUAGUAAUGAAGGUAAACACGGUCCUCUUUCUGCGCUACUGAAGGAGGAGGAAGGUGCCUGUUGGGUGAGCAAGGGCGGCGAGGAGAGGCGUUCGUUCUUCCCUGUACCAUUGUAACGAGAUCCUGUACUGAGGUUCGCUACACCGCAUCAUAUAACGCACCACUGGUUGUCCGUUGUCCUCUGCCGCUGCAACAGUGUAUCGUGUCCUUGCUAUGUGUUCACUGUCCCUCCUUUCCAAACACUCUCACGUUAAUUUCAUGUAUUCGUUUAGUGCCAUCGUCUUAUCUUUUAUCUCUCACUUCCAACACUCCUCACGUCUUCUUUUCUAUGUUUGCUUAGUCCCAGCGUCUUAUCUUUUAUCUCUCCCAUUCCAAGACGCAUUUUCUUUUUUUCUGUUUUAGUCUUAUUUUCUUUAUCUCUCCCAUCCCAAGACUCCUCAUUUUUUCUUUAUUUCUGUUUGUUUCGUCUUAUUUCUUUAUCUCUUCUUUCUCAAUACUCUUCACGUUUUCUUUUUACAUGUUUCUUUAGUCCCAUCGUCUUAUUUUCUUUAUCUCCCCUUCCUAAAACUCCUCACGUUUACUUCAUGUAUAUUCGUUUAGUCCCAUCGUCUGAUUUUUUUUUUUUUUUUCCUAUUUGAGAUUUCAUUCUUUUUUUCGUGUCAUGUUUCUCUCUAAACUCAUUCCUUGUCGCAUUUCGUCUAUUCACUACAUCUAUUACUUGCUAAACGAAAGGAAUAAUAAUGAGGUAAUUCCUGAUAUACAACUAUUCAGUCUUCCGUGAAUCUUACAGUUUAACCUUCAUCGCAUUAUUUACCAACAGUUCCUUCCUUCAGCUCCCUACAAAUCUAAAUACAAGUACAGGGCUAAACAUUUCCUCCCUUAACCAUUCCUUCGAUCUUCAGUUAAGCCACACUUGUCCCUUCAUACUUCAGUUUAGCCACACUUAAUCAUUUCACACUAUUGCCAGCCACUCUCCUUAGGCACUAUACAGAGAUGAACCAAAUAUCGUGUACAGAACUGGUCUUAACUCUACCUGACCCCACCUGACCCCAUCUGACCCACCAGCCCUCCCACAGCCAACCCAUAAAAACCCACAAACCCACAAGUCUCUCCGUAACGGCUAAUCAAACUUGAGUCACGUCAGAGUGAGUGUGUGUGUAUGUGUGUCUUAAAUAAGUUAUCUCAAUGUUUUACCUGGUGACGUGAGGCAAGUAUAAGUGUUCGCGUCAUUCACGUCUUUGUAUCUCGCGGCCAUAGAGGUGUUUUUACUGUGGCGUCGUCCGUUUUCCAGUCUCCUGUGCCAGCCAGCUAGAGUUCGUGACAGUCUGGCGUUAUUUACCCUCUCAUUGUGUAAUAAUGAUAAUAAUGAAUAAUAAUUAUAUCAACGACUUUAAUAAUGAUGACAGGGAGUGAACGUGGACUGUGUGUGUGUGUGUGUGUGUGUGUGUGUGUGUGUGUGUGUGUGUGUGUGUGUGUGUGUGUGUGUGUGUGUGUGUGUGUGUGUGUGUGUGUGUGUGUUGAGGUGGAGAGGUGAGGUGUAAAUUACAUCAAUGCACAGGUAACAAUAUACACCUGUAAACAAUUAGAUCAAAUAAAACCAUUACUGAUUACUAUUAUCACUACUAUUAUUAUUAUUAUCAUUAUCAUCCACCUUUUCCUCACCUCUCCGCCUCACCUACCCAUCUUCCUGUUCACGUGUACACCUGUGCUCACCUGUACACCCCGCGACACAGGUAACCCCACCAGCCUCACCACCUGUGUGUACAUUGUGUAAAAUACUGGUCAGUUUGUAAAUUAUUUGUACAUAGAGGCGGCGACUUGACUUGUCUUUGUGUGAUAACUUGUAAAUAAAACGUGCGGUCAUUUA